AUGAUACUGAAAGCAUCUGACAACCAAGAAGUAAUUGCUGCUCUUCCAGUUCCUUGCUUGACGCAAGCAGAGCCUGAAGAAAUGGUUACUUCUAUUGCAGCAGUAGAAGUAGAGGUGGAAGCAGCAAUUGUACCUACACACAUAACAAAUGCUGCAGCAGCAAUACCUACCACACUUCAUCAACAGGAUUCAACAGCAGCAGAAGAUGAAGCAACAUCCAAAUCUCCACUGUCACCAGUUGCCACAACAAUGCCUACAGCAGCAGCAGCAGUCAACAUGAGAAUGGAUAAUUUGGAAACUAGACUCAACAAAGGGCUUGAACACGUAGAAGUAGAUAUAGAGUUGGAAUUAUUAGAUAACAAGGUUGAGGGUCACUGUCAACAUAUACAUUCCAUUAAGACAAUCCAAGACACUAUAAUUAAAUGGCUCCAAAUAGUAGAAACUGGUUUACUAGAGACUAAAAUGAAUUUGGAAAAAUUGAGAAAUAGCGAUAUAGAAACAAUAUCAUUCCCAAUGAUGUCAGCUCUGAAGAUAAGAAGAGUGGAUGUGUCUUCUGACCUUGAAGUGUGGAUGAGGUGGCUUGAAGUAGACGAAGAGAGUGAUGAAAAUGAUGUAUUUGAUUCUGAAGAAUCUGAUUCAAAUGAAGAUGAUCAACUAAUGGAAAACAAUCAUGAUACUGAAACUGAACGAUUUGCAGAUGAAUACGAUAAUAAGAACUGUGAGUCUAGUAUUUCCUAUUAUCUUGGAAAGGACAGUAAAACAAAAUGGUCUAAGUCUUUUCCUAAAAGAAAUGAGCUGGAUUCACUGAAAGAAGAACUGGAAAAACUUCGGUCUCAACCAGCUGAGCCAGACCAAGAACUUUUGGGAGAAAUCCAGAACCUAAAGGAUGAAAAUGAGAGGCUUCAGAAUGAGCUACAAUCUCUGAGAGCAGAACUGGAUACAGCUAAACAACAAGCAGGUGCAGAGGAUCAAAAUUUACAGGCUGAAAUCCAAAAACUGAAGGAAGAAAAUGAAAGACUCAAUAAUGAGCUACAAUCUCUGAGAGCAGAACUGGAUACAGCUAAACAACAAGCAGGUGCAGAGGAUCAAAAUUUACAGGCUGAAAUCCAAAAACUGAAGGAAGAAAAUGAAAGACUCAAUAAUGAGCUACAAUCUCUGAGAGCAGAACUGGAUACAGCUAAACAACAAGCAGGUGCAGAGGAUCAAAAUUUACAGGCUGAAAUCCAAAAACUGAAGGAAGAAAAUGAAAGACUCAAUAAUGAGCUGCAGUCUCUGAGAGCAGAACUGGAUGCAGCUAAACAACAAGCAGGUGCAGAGGAUCAGAAUUUGCUGGCUGAUAUCCAGAAACUGAAGGAAGAAAAUGAAAGACUUAAAAAUGAACUGGAUACAGCUAAGCAACAAACAGGUGCACAGGAUCAGAAUUUGCUGGAUGAGAUUGAGAAAUUGAAAGGAGAAAAUGAACGACUUAAGAAUACGGCUCAGUCUGGAUUUGGGGAUGAUAAAAUAUAUGUGUGUAUAGAAAACUUGGGAACUGUUUAUUACAUAUAUUACGAUCCAUAUCCAGAAUCUCGUAAGUUCCUAGGAUUUAUGAAAAAGGUUGUAGAAGUUGAAGAAAAAGCAGAACAGAUGAAGAAAUUGGAAAGUGCAUCAAAAGAAGCUGGUGAGAAACCAGACCUUAGUAAGGAAAUAGAAUCUCUGACAGAACAAAUUAAGCAACUUCUGUCAGAAAAAGAGAAACUUGAAAAUGAACUAAAAGAUUAUAUAGAAAAGAACAAAAUUCUGGAAGACAAAUUAAAGACAUAUGAAAGUGGUGAUGACGCAACAAAGGCCUUACAAGAUGAACUUGAAGCCCUUAAAUCUGAAAACCAAAAACUUAAAGUUUCUAAAACUUGA